UUCAGUCAAAAAUAGCAAGCUGCGUGUGAACCUGUUCAAUUAUUAUGCUAAGUGUUACAAAUGCUCCUAUCUUAAUUUUAAAUUUUGAAAGGGAGAACAGAAACUUUCACGCACUGACACUGGAAAACGUUUUGCAUUUGGUUUUCAUCUAGUAUAACAUAUAUAUUUUGUUUUUCGAUUUCACUCACUUCACAGAAUUACCGGUCUUCCUUCGGCCGGGCCUGGAGCAGUCGUGAGUUCUUUUCAAUCCGUCUAUUUUCAGAUUUUUAAUAUGUAUGAAUAAUCGUUUUCGCGGAAAAAAACAACCAUUAGGCAGGUGUAAAGCAAUAAAAAGCAAGCAUUGUUAAAAAUUUGGGACACCUAAUGUCACAUCAACUUGACACGUUCUACACUGAAUAAAUUUAGAAUAUUCUGAUCCGAUGAUGUCAAUGUUGUUUCACUAGCCGACGUCAAAUUAUUUUCGCGCCGGCUGUUUGAUAAAUAGUACAAGCCAAUGAAAAUCCACGUAAUAGUUUCUUAACCAAUCACAAAUGUCGUUGUAAGUGGUCUGAAGGUAAACAAACAUGGCGUCGUUUCCCGAGAAACGGAACGUAAUAUAAAUCGAGAAUAUGAGCGUUUGAAUCGACGAUUCGACAAAGGAACAACGGCCUCGAGUAAGAAAUGACAAUGUGACCUUUACCCAAAAUGACCAUGGCUUGGAACGGAAGAAUUACGCUUAUGGCAAUUUACGAACACGAGACAACGGGAGAUGAGCGGUUUACUCGCGUGAAAAAUUGGCCUGGUCAACUACAGGUUCACGUGUUUAUGGCAUAGAGACUAUGUGUUCUACAACCGACAAAUGCUGGGCAUCUCCAAGAAGCAUCCAUCGUUUGAACCAGACAUCCCCACAGGAAACACUGGCUCAAAACAAAUCUCACGGGAAGAGCAAACGGCUCACGCACCCCACCGAAACUGUUUUCUUGGCAAGAUUCUUCAUAUCUUUAACUGUCUUCAUUAUUAACGUUACUCUUUUCGCGUUGUUUCUCUGUGCCGUGAUUCUCGUUGUUCCUGUGUGUUUUUUCGUCAGGAAACUUAUUCUUUAUUGCAGUAUUCGGCGUCAUCGAGAUGGCAAGCUGAGCAAAAUGUCCACAUCAGAGGCAGUGUGGCUACAGACGAGUUGUGUAAAUACAGCGCCAGUGAACAAUUUAUUCUUUCUUUUUGAGGGAAUGGUCACCAUCGACGAAGUUCAAAAUUUUGUCAGAGACAAAUUACUACAGCAAGGAAUCUUGCAUGGAAAUUUGCGAUUGCUAAAAUUUAGACAGUCUCCCGUGAGGGUACUAAGCGGGUAUGGAUGGAAGGAAUUUGACAAUCUAAACAUAGGUAAUUAUGUUCUUGAAAGUAAAGAGAAUUCGUCUGCGAACCUUGAGAAUUGGAGAGAAAUCACUGAACUAUCGAACUUCAAGGAUCUUGAGAAAAUGUGGAGAGUGACUCUGUUUCCGAAAUUCAAUGACAGCAAUGAUACUGGAGUAUUGUUUCAAAUACAUGAGAGCAUUGCGGAUAUAUUUCCUUUAAUGAGAAUUGUGUUAGACUCUCUUGAUUAUAAGACCGUGUAUCUCAAGAGGCAUUGUUUUCUCUUGGGACGAUUAGCGACAUAUUUCUGUGCUUGCUUCACUGGACCACUUGUCAUUCUCAAAAGACUCCUCAUGAAAAGUCAAGAUGAUUUCUUUGUGGUCAAUCAAAGCGAGGGAAGUACAUCUAUAAACGAUUCUUUUCAUGUCUCGUGGUCUGGUCCCAUAGAUUUUAAGUCUGUCAAGAGGAUCAAGGAUAUUACUCGCACUAAAGUGGACAUCAUUCUCCUUUCCUGUGUGGCUGGUGCAAUCCGUUCAUUUCUUCAGAGAUGUAGAGUGCAAUACCCUGAUGACAUUCUGGUCUGCAUUAGGACGGAUGUCAGACCUCAACACACCAAACUCCAGCUGGACAACAAAUUUUCUCUUGCAUUUAUCAAACUUCCAGUAGGAACAGAAGGUGCUGUGCCUCGACUGUGGGAAACGAGGCGUAGAAUAGACAAGUUUUCCUUUACCCUGGAAAGUAUUAUCAUCUACGGUUUCAUGAAGCUUUGCCUGUUGCUAUUCCCUUUGCCUAUGGUGAGACGAUUGAUCAACUAUCUGAUAAACAAGGUGUCAUGUACAGUGACCCAAAUACCAGGACCAAACAUGCCAGUGUUUCUUAAUGGAAAAAUGGCGAAAAUGAUGACCUGCUGGACGCCUAGAAAAACAGAAAGUGGUUUGUCAAUCUCGAUCACAAAUCAUGGCGGGCAGAUUCACGUUGGCCUAGUCACUCACCAUUCACAAAUUAACGACCCUGUUCUGUUACUGGCAGAGUUUGAAAGAGAGGUGGCAAAUUUAGGCAACCAUCUGGGCAAACGAGCGUUACCCUCUCAUCUGCGAUGGCGCCUAAAGAUGGAUCAACGCGUCAAUGAAGUUGCGGAAGAGAGGGAGGAGGAAGAAACCGUUUGAAAAUGGUCACACAUAGUAUACAUACAUGUAUUCGGCACAGACAGCACUGUAGCUAAUUUAUCUUUAUAAAAUAACGUAAGCAUUAAACACUAGCGUAGUCAUCACGCGAGUUCUUUGGCAAAUUGCAGAUCCUAAUGCAAAUGCUGAAAAGGACCUUAGAUGAAACGUUUCUCCCCUUCCCCGCCCCCCUCUUUUUAUUUAAUUUUAUCUUCCUCCAGCCGUUGAAAUCGAUAGUGAUAUGUGAUCCGGAUUUUUAGUAUUUUUAUGAUCCACAAUAGUUUGACGAUACUAAAAGAACUAGUUACGUACAACAUUCGUUAGCCUAAAAUUGUCUUUUUUUUAGUUGAUAAAUUUAUUUGAGAGUUUUUACAGAGAAAGAAUACACGUAUAUUUAAUAACUUAGUAUAAUGAUAUUUGUGGGAACCUUUUAGAUAUAUCUAUAUAAUUUAUUUGUACAGUAUAUAUAUAAGUAUCCAGAAAAGGUGGCAUGGUUAAUUAAUAUGUAUGGAUAUCCAGCAGAACACAUGUACAGUACUACUUCACGACGUGAAAAAAAUAUUUAUGAUAUAGCAGAGGUUCUCGCAUAGUACGAGACAGGUGUGGCCGGCCACGCGUGUCUCGCUUUCCUUCUGAGGAAUUUGAUAAUUUAUGCUCUGUACCAUUUUAAUGUUUAUAACUAUUUAGUGCUGACCUGCGUCCCGGGGACCUGCGUGCGUGUGUAGACUAUGUCAUAAGUUACAAACAAGCACUUUGUAAUUGGUAAGGUAAAGGUAAAGUCUGCUUACGAGCCAAGUGGUCCAUCAGGCCGGAGCUUAUCCCGGUUUCUGUAGCAUGA